CUGGAUGAUACCUAAGGAGGAACAGUGUCAUGACGUUGGAGACACCAAAUUGUGCAGGAUUGUAACGUCAGGGGGCGGUGGGUAGAGUUCACGGGGGUGACGUUUCGACGCAGACGCCAUGAAACGUUCUCGCUACGGGCGUAUGGAUCGCUAUCGGGGUGGCUGCCCCCGCAUACCUCGAGGCAACCCCGGUGAGGCCAGUUCGUCUUCGCACGUGUGCACGCGACCCCAUGUCAAUAAGAGACCUAUCCGUGUGUGUGCGUCCAGCACACGCGUCCUUGUGUUCCUCGUCGACGGUUUAGCACGAGGCCAGCCCUCUUCCCUCCUAAAAAAGAUCAUCUAAGUUCUCCCAAAAGGAAUGUACAUACAAGACUUCUUCGUGCUCUUCGAGUGCUAAGUUCAAGUUGCUUUGUGAACGUUAUCGAGCGCCUCUUAUGGAUUAGGAUACCUUAAAUCUAAUCUACGCCUAAUCCUACUCUUAACCUGAUCCAAAUCCCUUUCAGUGACAAGUUGAAGGAAUCAGUGAAUGAAAAUGACAAGUGUUCAAUGAUUUUAAGUUAUGGUUUAAAAUAACUGGAAGCAUAAUUUCGUGAAAUCUGACACUUCCAGUGGGAAAGUAAAAUGGAAAUUGGUGUGUGAAAAGUGUGAAGUAAUUCUGACUUAUCAUUUGGAGCAUCUCGAGCCUAACCCAAAGGACUAACUCAACUCAUGAGAAACCAGCGACCACCGAAGGAAGUCAGCAAACAUAGUUGUCAGAACUUUUUAAGGAAGAAGCAACCUCAUUUCCGGCGUAACAGAAGUGGCACGAGAGAUUAAGGGACGAACAAGAUGGAGAACGCAAAGGAGGAGACGAUUAAUAUGCAGCUGAUCGGUGCUGAGAGUCCGUACAAAGUUAAUAAUGAAAUUGCCGGAAGUGGUCUAAAUGCAUCAGAGGUCCCAAUAUCGCCGACCACAAAUGUAGAAGACUACGACCCCCACAAACAUCGAAAUAGGCCGAAUCCGACAUCGAACGCGGAGACCUUGAUACACUUGUUAAAAGGAAGUCUAGGCACAGGGAUACUCGCUAUGCCAAACGCGUUCCGCAACAGCGGCCUCGUGACCGGUGUGGUAGCCACGGUGAUCAUAGGGGUGUUGUGCACUUAUUGUUUGCACGUACUAGUGAAAGCUCAGUACAAACUGUGUAAACGGUUAAGAGUUCCUAUAUUGAGUUAUCCGCUGAGCAUGAAAUACGCCCUCGAGCAAGGGCCUGGGUGUGUCCGAUGGUUCGCACCCUAUGCACCAGGACUCGUAGACGGGUUCAUGAUUGUGUAUCAGUUGGGAAUAUGCUGCGUUUAUAUCGUAUUUGUAGCGUCGAAUAUCAAGCAGGUGGCAGACCAGUACUGGGAACCAUUGGACGUUAAGACCCACAUGCUGAUCUUAUUGUUACCGUUGAUCUUGAUCAAUUACGUUAGGAACCUGAAGCUGCUGGCGCCAUUCUCUACACUGGCAAACGUGAUCACAUUUGUGGGACUGGCGAUGAUUCUAGUGUACAUGUUCAAAGAUCUGCCCUCGGUGAAUGAGAGAGAGAUGUUCGGUACUCUGCGAAAUUUCUCUCUCUAUUUUGGCACCACGUUAUUCGCGCUGGAGGCCGUUGGUGUGAUUAUCGCUCUGGAGAACAAUAUGAAGACUCCGCAGUAUUUCGGGGGAUAUUGCGGUGUGCUGAAUAUCGGAAUGACGGUGAUCGUAGCCUUGUAUAUUCUUAUGGGGUUCUUCGGCUACAUAAAGUAUGGCGCCAAGGCUGGCGGUAGCGUAACUUUUAAUUUACCACCCGAAGAAGUCAUGGCGCAGAGCAUCAAAAUCAUGUUCGCGAUCGCCAUUUUUAUUACGCACGCCCUCCAAGGCUACGUCCCAGUCGACAUCAUCUGGAACACUUAUUUGGACCAGAAGAUACACAACAGGAAACUCUUCUGGGAGUAUGUUUGUCGUACUAUUAUCACAUUGGCCACGUUUACGUUGGCUAUCACUAUACCCAGGCUGGGCCUUUUCAUCUCCCUGUUUGGCGCCCUCUGUCUCUCCGCCAUUGGUAUCGCGUUCCCGGCCAUCAUCGAGAUCUGCGUGCUCUGGCCAGAGCGGAAAUUCGGGCCUUGUAUGUUCAUGCUCCUGAAGAACAUCUGUCUGAUAGUGUUCGGCCUACUAGGCCUCGUAAUCGGCACGUACGUGAGCAUCGUUGACAUAAUAAACUCCUUCAAGUGAAACUCGCGGGCGACUUUAGGCAGGAACGAUCGAAGGAAGGCAGGCAGAGGGGAGAGAGCAGGAUAGGAGAGGAAUGGGAGAUGAGAUAGAGUUCGGACAUGCUUGUUCGAGUAUCGAGAACGGCUUCGUCACAGUUUCAUAGCUUAAUGAGCGGCGCCUUUUAAGUAGUCAGGUACCUCCAAAGCUGGGUGUCUUUCUUAGUGAAAAACUGCGAGCAAUCAGAAAGCAUUCCGGUAAUGCUUCGCGCCUCGCGUGAACGCCGCCAUUGUUAGAGCACCUUAGGCCGAGUUUAGAUGUCUUAUUAAGCUGGAGAGUCGUGUAGUGUUGAGUAAGAGGAAAAUAACGGACGUCGACGAGAGCUGAGCUAUUUGGCUCGUGAUCGUCGUUGCUGGUCGCUGAUCAGAUCUGGCAGAACGUUGGAUAACUAAUUUAAUCGUCGCUUCUUGCUCCUCCAACGAUUGUCAAUGAUGUUGGGCUGUUUGGACAGUUCGCAGAUUAUUUAACAGCUGGGUUUUCUCUUAAGCAAUCAACGAGAUCCAAAGCGAAACCAGAAAAUCGUUUGAGGGGUACAGUGAGAGAGUGCUAUCUAAGGUACGAGUGUGUCUUCUUCUGGGAAACUGGGAUACACGUGGGAAAAUUUUGCUACGUGUGAAUCCUUGACUUCUCUCAAAAUUUGUCGAAUGAUAAUUCUUUUAUUCCGUUUUCCAUCGAAUUUUGAUCGAAUUUUUCUACGAACUAUCCAAACAGAUAGUUAUCGGUACGUCGUAUCCGAAGUUCCAUUCCUGACUGUAGCCGUG